AUAAUAUUAUGUGUAAUAAUAAUAUCAUGAUAAAACCGAAUCGCCAUUAUUGGAGCUCCUCCUCUCUUCUCCUUCUUCACCGCCGUUGGUCAGGCUGUAAUAUAAUCUAAUCAUGGUGGAAAGAGACGAAGAUAGCAGAAAUGGGAAAAGAGUUAAUGGAACAGACAGGAAGCAGCAAUCGCCUCCAAGCUUCGUCAAUCAUUUCGCUAAAUACAUGGAAUCCAAAGUUUCAUAUGCCGAAGCUCUUCGACUGGGUCAGACCAAUCCGAUUACGGCUGUUCCGACCCAAUCGGACGGAAAUCUGUCGAGAUCUUACUCGACUCCCUCCUUUGACUCUUCAGCACCCUCCACACCUUCACUGCCUCACUCAAUUUCGUCUCCAGAUUUUGAGAGUCAGGACGCCCAAACAGAGAACAACGGUUCACCACGUCUUGAUUCCCCUAAUUCUUCUUCUGCAAGAGCUAAGCCCUCUUCUAAACCUUCUGCGUCGAUUAAUCCCUUGUAUUUUGGAAAACUAGAAAGCUGUCUAUCACUUCCAAAAUCGUUUCUUCAAUACUCUUUCACUUGUACGAAUAUGAAAACCACCAGUAAUGGCAAACCUCCUACUCCUCCUCCUCAUUAUCCGUCGCGCACAUCCAAUUCUGAUAACCUUAAAGAAGACUUGCAACGCCUGAUCAAACGUGCUAUGGAGUCCGGUAGUUUGCAGAAAGAAUGUGCAAACUGUGGCAAUUCCCAGCAUUGUUGUGGACAGACCUUGCUUGAAGCACUUUCCUCUAUACCUCCCUCCUCAUAAAAUAUGCAUUCCUCACCUGGCUUUCCAAUGUUAACUGUUGAUCAAAUCAGAACAAACUGUAAGCAGGUAGCAUUCAGAGAUAUUGCUGGCAGACCCUGCUAAAUCUCCAGUCAUAUUGGCAGUGAAGGCUAAUGGAGUAAUGCCAUUAAUUUGAGGGGAAAUACUACAUUUCUCACCUCCACCAGAAAGCUUUUGAUAGGGUUUUUGACACGUUGUCCAAAAAUACUACCUUUUUUUUUUUUUUUUUGCAGAUUGUGCUUCUCUGUAUAUGCAGCAACUCUGCUCUUUUUUCGUCUAGAAUGCCAGUAAGCAUUGACAUUUGCAGAAGCAUCUGAUUUAGAUCUGAACUAGUAGAAAUGAGGGUGUACAUUUGCUCUAUUUAUGAUAGAAAAGAUAAUGCUGCUUGGA